UUCAAGUGAGUCGCCGUUCCGUUCGCGAUAUUACUAUAUGCAAAUAUUCUCAGUACAGUGAAUGUUCAAGUCAUUAAUUAAAAAAUUAUUGUCAUAUUAAUGAAAUAAAGAGUGCGAUGUGCCAUCGGCAAUCAUUCAUGUGGCGUUCUCGGCAAAAAUAUCUAGAGUACUUGAAAUCAUUCGCAAAUAAUUAGUGACAAGUGAACCCAGUAUCAAAUUUAGUGUCCACCGCGGUCCAGCUGUCACUAUGUGCUGGUGUUUACGUGUCUAUUGGACUGUUUUGCAUAAUUUGUUCACACGAUUUGUGACAGCAUUUGCCGAUUCCGUCUAUAAUAGUGAUCUGUGCGCGCGUUUAAUGUGUUGUUCGCAUUCUACAUGUUGUUUUUGUUGUGGUCAUUGUUUGUUUUAUAAACAUACUGAGCAUGAAGCGCGCAAAUCAAACGAUAAUGACGGAGAGGAGCGUGAAUUAACGCUGGCGGAUAUUGAAGAGGGGCAAGCCAAAGCAACCUCUCCAUUUCAACACCACGAUUACGUCAUAGUUGAUGAUAUCGACGCUAAUUAUCUGGAAAUUGAACGCCGUAAAAUUGAAACCGAACACUACUAUCGUCUAGUAGAUCGCGCAUCUGCUGAGCAUAUUCUCAAUUUUCGAGAAGACGGUGCCUGUUUAGUGCGACCGUUCAAAGAAGCGGAUCUGUCAAUAAAAUAUAUCGUAACGGUAUAUGCACAGCAGCAAUACUUCCACCUCUUCAUCAGACAGUUAAAUGGCAAAGAUUCUUACAGCAUCGGACAACAAAAGCCAAAUGAGAAAAUAUUCAAGUCACCAAGUGAUAUUAUCGAUUUUUAUAGCCUUAAUGCAUUACAAUGUACAAAUAAAAAUAUUAGCGUAUGUUUAGUAUUAAAACCAAUAGUUACUUAG